AUGGGCGCCCAACACGUGCCGGAUUACUGUGCCUUCCCGGGUGCAGCCUUUCGGUUCGUGAAGGGUCGGGUGGCCCGCCACAACGACCCCUGGAAUUGCGACUCGCCGCUUUCCUCCCGCUGGCGCGACGAAUUCUUGUUCGUUGCGGAGAAGCUGCCCAUCUCGACAAGAUUUUCGUGCGGCAUGAAUGACGAGCCGAUGGCGAGCGGCCCGGACGCAUCAGCCCUGGCCGCGUCGGACACCGUCAUUAUCGUCGCCUAUCACCUGCCCAUCAUCAUCACGCGGACGGCUGGCGGAGGGUACAACGUGGAGUGGGACGAUGACCGCGGCCUUAACCGGGACGGCAUGAACCUUCCCACCCAGUGCAUUUACAUCGGCUGCAUCGACAUGGAGGUGACCGACGAGGCUGAGCAAGAGUCGAUCGAGCGGCUGCUGCUCGAGAACUACUCGUGCGUCGUCCUCUUCCUCGAGCCCGAGCUCAAGGCCGCCUACUACCACGGCUUUUGCCGCGGCUACCUGACGCCGAUCCUUCACAACCAGAUGCACCAGCACCGCGGCGUCGACCCGUUCCAGGAGGGGGAGUGGCGCGCGUACUGUACGGUGAACCGGCUCUUCGCCGCCAAGGUGAUGGAGGUCUACUCGCCGGGCCACAUGAUCUGGGUCCACGACUACCACCUGAUGCUCCUCCCGUCCUGCAUCCUGCGCAAGCUCCGCUCCGCCAAGAUCGGCCUCUUCAUCCACGCCCCCUUCCCCGCCUCCGACCUGUGGGGGUCGGUCGCGGUGCGGACAGAGCUGCUCCGCUCGCUGCUCAACGCCGACCUCCUCGGCUUCCUGCUCUUCGAGUACACGCGCAACUUCCUCUCUUGCUGCAAGCGGAUGCUCGGGCUAGAGUACGAGUUCCACAAGGGCGGCUACCUCGGGGUCGAGUACGAGGGGAGGCACGUCAUGCUGCAGGUGGCGACCUUCGGCAUCUCGCCCCCCAAGCUCGAGGCGCGGCUAGCCGCCAUGAGCCACGCCGCCUCGGGGCGGGCCGCCUUCCACGGCCACGCGCACGCGCCCCUCGCCGCGCCGACGGAUUGCGCCGCGGAGCUGGGCAGCGCCAUCGCGCAGGCUAGCUCCUCGGUCUGCUCCUCCGGCCGCGUGGUUGUGGGCGGCGUGGACUACCUCGAUCGGCUCAAGGGAGUCGCGCCCAAGAUGCUCGCGUGGGAGGCGCUGCUGCGCGACUACCCGCACUACCGGAACGGGCACGUGCUGCUGCAGGUCUGCGUCGGCGCGCGCAACAAGAUCCACAUCCAGGAGGCUGGCCAGGUCGAGGCGGAGAUCACGCGCAUCGUCGAGCGCAUCAGCGCCGCCUAUCCGGGCACAGUGCACUUCGAGGUCCGGUCGAGCCUCUCCCCGGCGGCGCGGCUACAGCUGUGGGCAGGCGAGAGGCGAGGGUCUGCAGCUGCAGAGGGGAGGGCCGGCUCCAACCCGGGCAUGGGGAUGCUCGUCGGCACGCAGCUGCGCGAGGCCGUCAACGUGUGGCCUCUCGAGUACGUCUACUCGCGCCACUUGCGCGGCUUGCCCGCCGGCGUGCUCGUCCUCUCCGAGUUCUCCGGCUUCGCUCGCGUGCUCAACGGAGGCCUGCGCGAGCUCGUCGAGGCGCUCGACACGGCGCUCCGGAUGGCGCCGGCGGAGCGGCUAGCGCGUGGCCUCAAGGACUUGGCGCACAUCCAGCGCUGCACGCUCGAGGAGUUCGCGAACCGCUUCGUGACGGACCUCAAGGCCACGCAGACAAAGCGCGAGGAGGACUUCGUCUCUGUCGGCUUCGGCCUCUCGAGCUUCCGCAUGGUCGGGAUGGGCGCCGGCUUCAAGCCGCUCGACGUCGUCGAGUCGCUGGACAAGUUCCAGCGCUCCUCGCACCGCGCGCUGCUCCUCGACUGGGGCGGCACACUCACGCCAGCCGACGCCGGCCUGUACGACACGCGCGACUCCACCGACGGCCACGUCGUGCCGCAGCGCGUGCUCAACGCGCUGCAGACGCUCUGCGCCGACCCGAAGAACCACGUCAUGAUCCUCUCCGGGCUCGGGAAGGAGAAGGCGGCCGAUUCCUCGGCCCCGGGGCGCGAGGGGCGUGUCCUUGCCGUGCUCGCCGCGUUUGGGUCCGUCCCCAACCUCUCGCUCGCCGUCGAGCACGGCUUCACGUACCGCGUGCAGGGCGGGCAGUGGCAGCAGCUUGUGCACGGGGUCGACACCUCCUGGCGCUCCGUCGCCGCGUCGGUCAUGCAGCGCUACUGCACGGUGACGCACGGCGCGUACGUCCUCUCGAAGGGCUCGUCGAUGGCGUGGAACUUUGCGGACUCGGACCCCGAGUUUGGGGUGAUGCAGGCCAAGGAGGUGCAGUUCGCGCUGCAGCAUGUCCUCUCCGCCUUCCCGGUCGUUGUCCGGACCGGCAAGGGGUACGUCGAGGCUUGCCUGAAGGACGUCAACAAGGGCGUGAUGGCGGAGCGCUUCGUCGACCUCUGCCAGGGCGGCGGCGCGCGGCCGCUCGACUUUGUGCUCUGCAUCGGCGACGACUCGACCGACGAGCUCAUGUUCGGCCACCUGCACCAAAAGCUGGGCAAGCAUGCGCGCCAGCUGCUCACCUCCACCGUCGGGCGCAAGCCGUCGGAGGCGAACUCGUACCUCAACGACCACGGCGAGGUGCUCGAGCUGCUCGAGCUCCUCUGCACGCACGGCAACCACCCGCCGGGCUCGCAACCGGCGGCCGCCAGCAGUAUGAGGCGGAUGGCCGCGCCGGUGGCCAGCGGCGGCAUGAGCGCAUCGUACCAGAAUCUCGCCGCCCUCGGCUGACCGCGCCGCCGCGCUGUAGCAGACGCGGGUCUUUGGAGAGCUGGAACUCUGUUGGACUGGGGCAUGUGGGGCCUAAAUCUACUGCAUGGGAGGGUCUAUUGAGGUUGUGACGCGGGGGACCCCUAGCAGCAGACGAGAGAGAUCUGCGCACGUGUCGAGGCGGCGCGCUUGUGAUGUGGUUCUCAAGCAGGUACGGCUUUAAGACGCUACUGACGU